AACCAACACUGAUCAUUGAUUAACCCGAUCCUUGAUUACAACGUAUACAUAUCAACUGGUAAAAAGAAGACACAUUUGGUAAGCCAUGGAGAUUCUGUCAGUGAUAGCCUCACUCUACGUCCUGUCUCUCUUGUUCCUUGUAGCAAGCCGCCGGCCGAGAGGAAACUGGAAGCCAUGACGGCCGGAAAGAUCAUGGGGCGAAGCAGGAACCUCGGGGUGGAAGAGCUGAGGUUCCUGCUGAAGGCCGCCUCCAGGUCCGGGAUGUCGGAGGAAACGUACGGCCCCAAGAGCGUGAUGGAGGGGAGCGAAGGGCGGCCGUGCCUGGCAGACGCUUACGCAGAGGUGGACGAGAUGGUCUUCUCUACAGUCGACGGGCUCCUCGCCAAGACAGGGAUCCCGCCAUCGGAGAUCGACAUCUUGGUCACCACCAUCUCCUUGCUUUCUCCGGCUCCUUCAUGGACUGCUCGGAUCCUUAACAGAUACAAAAUGAGGGAAGACGUGAAGGUGUACAAUAUCUCGGGGAUGGGCUGCAGUGGGAGCGUGUCAGGAAUCGAUUUGGUCCAACAAUUGAUGAAAUCCAACAGGAACUGCAAUGCCAUAGUCGUGAGCACGGAGGUCAUGGGCCAGAACUGGUACGGCGGCAAGGAGAAGUCAAUGUUGCUUUCCAACAUCUUGUUUCGCGCCGGCGCAUGCUCCAUGCUCUUCACCAACAAACCGGCCCUCCAGAACUGAACCAUACUGAAACUGAAGUGCCUGAACCGGACCCACAUAGGCGAGGACGACGAAUCUUAUCGCUGCUGCUUCGAGAAUGAGGACAAGUUUGGUUUCAGAGGGUUUCACUUGUCCAAGAAACUAACCACAUUUGCUGCGGACGCAUUGACCAAGAACCUUAGGGUGCUGCUUCCUAAGGUUCUACACACACGAGAGAUGGUCUGUUACGAGUUGGUGUCAAAACCGGAUGUUGUCUGAGUCAAUCUCAAGUCUGGAAUUGAUCACUUUUGUAUUCACCCAGGAGGGAGGGCAGUGAUUGAUACGGUCGGCAAGAGAUUGUGGCUCGACAGUUACGACGUGGAGCCAGCGAAAAUGACACUCUUCAAGUUUGGGAACACGUCUUCUGCCGGGCUGUGGUACGUUUUGGCGUAUAUGGAGGCUAAGAAGAGGCUGAAAAAGGGGGAUGUGAUUCUGAUGAUCAGCCUUGGGGCGGGUUUCAAGUGCAAUAACUCGGUCUGGGAGGUAAUGAGAGACUUGGGAAGGCCAAGCGUGUGGGAAGACUGUAUCAAUGACUACCCUCCAACCCACUUGGAAAACACUUUCAUAGGGAACCUGGGUCACUUGAUUGAUAACUUAGAAGCUUGCGGUGCGUAAUGGUUCUGUUCUGUGGGUUAGAUGGAUGUCUGGGUCAUAAUAUAAUGAACCCUUCAAAUUUACAUCUUCCAUUUGUUUUCUCUUUGUGUAUGUUGUCCGUUAAAAGUUUCCACUUUGUUUCCAAAAUUACGGUCUCCAAUAAUAAAAUUAUCAAUAAAUUUGUGUUUAUUUUGUGUCCUUCGAGGUCGUUUGGAUGCAAGAUUUUACUGAAUUCCCCAUCAUGCAGAUUCUGUGCAAAUCACUCAUUUGGUAUGAGCUGUUACAACGAGUGAUUUUGAGCAUGCCGCAUAUCAAAAUUCUCAAUGAACGGAUUUUAAAAUA